CUGGAAUCGACGCGGAGGAAGUAGCGCAGCGCCGCUCUCACCGCUGGGCUGGGCGGCCCCUCGGAGCUGCGGCGUCCGCCACCGUAAAGCUCGAUGCGCGCCUGCUUCGCCAACCCACCGCUAGACAUCGCAAACUGUCAAACGAGACAUUUAAUCGUGCCUGUCAUUUUAUUUCGAGGCUCAGAAUCGCUUAGCCUGUUGCAUGAUGCUGCAGCUGAACGACACGGUGGAGCCCGCGAGCCCCGGAGCCGCGGUGCUGGAUACGGCGGCGAGCGAUGACGGGGUGGAGGUCGCCUUUACUCCGCCCGGAGCCGGGCCCGGCCGGGGCUACGGCUCCUCGGUAGCCUGCUGCUCCCCGCUGCAAACACUGACGCCUUUUCAUAUCCACAACCCGACAAUGCAAGCGAAAGUCAAAGACUAUUUCGUCUUUAGACCAGGGACCAUCGAGCAGGCGGUGAACGACAUCCGAACCGUGGCCCUGCCUUCGGAGGACGGCGAGGUGCUGAGCGUGUGGCUGCUGGCAGAAAUAGACCACUGGAAUAAUGAGAAAGAGAGGCUGGUACUUAUCACCGACAGGUCCCUUCUUGUCUGCAAGUACGACUUCAUCAACCUGCAGUGCCAGCAGGUAGUGAGGAUCUCCCUGAACGCAGUGGACACCAUCUCCGUGGGCGAGUUCGAAUUCCCCCCCAAGUCACUUAACAAGAGGGAUGGCUAUGGAAUCCGGGUGCAGUGGGACAAACAGCCUCGGGUGUCAUUCUUCAAUCGCUGGAACCCGUGGUCCACCAACAUGCCCUACAUCACCUUCUCUGAGCACCCCAUGGCCCACGCGGACGAGAAGGUGGUCUCGCUCUGCCAGCUGGAGAGCUUCAAGCUGCAGCUGAUCCAGGCGGUGAAGAAGGCCCACAAGGAGAACCCGCUCCCUGGGCGCGCCAACGGGGUGCUCAUCCUGGAGCGGCCCCUGCUCAUCGAGACCUACCUGGGCCUCAUGUCUUUCAUCAACAACGAGGCCAAGCUGGGAUACUCCAUGUCACGGGGGCGGAUCGGCUUCUGAGUGCCACACCUGUCGCCAUGGACGCUGGCUGGUCGUCACGGCGACACGUGCCACGCAUGUCCGUGAGCUGUGUGUAUUAGUGGGGGGGGGGGAGUGCGGGGGCUCUCUUCGCCUCACUCCCCCACUGUCCCAUCUUUGCUGCUGCCAUUGUCACUAGGGGCCCCCUACCCACUAUGUGAGCCAGCGACUCGUGGCCGAUGGUCGGCACCACGCUUUGUCCCAUUAGCGCCCCCCUGUUGUAACCACAUGCUUCUGUUCACAACGUCCUGCUGUUUUGUUUCAGAUGUGCAGACGCUUGUAGCAACGCGGGCGUGCCCGUAGUCAGACAGCACCACGGCUCCAACGGACAACCCGCUUACCAGUGGGCCCUGUAGCCGCCUUCAUUAUAGCACCUCCCCCGGGCUGCCCAGAGAGCAUAGAGCCCCCUCAUGACAGCUAGGGAGGCUGCUCUGCAGCUUAGUCGUGCCGUAAUGGAAUCGGAUGUGAGGAAGUCACCCCGCCCCCCCCCCCCCCCAGCCCCAAAAACGCACCAAUUGCCGACUCAUUUCUGUCCAGUCAGCUCUGAUUAAAAUUUAAUGAAAUAUUAACAAAGACAAGAAUAUCAAACGUGAGAUAAGUGUUACAUCGUAGGAAUCGCUGCUGCAUUUCUGCCGAUUUGACAUGACGAGGUUAAGGUUUUAAUGUUAUGACGACGGUCGAAAUCAGUGAAAAUUGUUCACAGGUUUUGGGAUGUUGGUCCAUUUUUGGUGGUCUUUGCGAUUUCACAUUUUGGCUACUAAUUUUAGUGUUUCGGAGUGUUUUUUCAGUGAAUCUUUACAAACAUACUGUGUUAACAGCCACAGAUGGUAGGAGUAGCACAUGUUUAACUUGUAACCGUUUUUGCAGAAUAGUUACUGAGGCAUAAACUUCUAACUCAUCUAAGGUACGACUCCUUUUUAUGGAUGGACUGGGAAAUACGGACAAUUCGAGCCGGAUUAGUUUUUCCAGCUUCACCGUCCUCACAAGGUGCAUCCGUUUGAGGACAGCUGGGGUUACUCACCGCCCACUUGGAAUCGUUCCUGACUUUGCUUCAACUUCAAGUGCUGUCUGUAUUACUGAAUGUAACCUGCAUGGUUUUUGCACGACAAGUAUGCAUGUGACGGUCUGACGUUUACAUUCCACAUGUCCUGAUUAAAUGUCUUUAGUGUUAAAGGCAAAUUCUGUACAUAUUGCCAAAGAUAUACAAAGAUAAAAACGUUUAUGUAGUGGCAAUGGCUUGCAGAGACUCAAAGCACAGUGUUGAUUUCAGUAAAUUUACAAAUGGAUUAUCUUUUGAUAUGCACCAAUGCAGAUGUCUCGGGGUACUGAAGUGGGUUCAUGUCAGUCAUAAGUGCCCUUUUAAUUUGGGGUAAUAAUGGAUUUCCUGAAAAGAUGAAAACUCGGGUGCAGGGAUUGACACGGGUGAUAAAAUUCUGGAUUCUUGCGCUGAAAUGACCGGAUUACGUUUUUCUACUUCAUUGCCAACCAUUUUCUGCCUAAAAGAUGUUUUUUCAGGAGGUGGACAAAAUAACGGAAACCGCCAAUACUUAGACGGCUUAACAGUUGUCCUUGCAGUGCCUCCUCCCCUGUCACUCACCGAUUCAAAUCAUAUCAUUGACUAAUGAUAAGGUCGACCCCUUUCCGUGAAUUUUGUCCCGGAGUAUUAUGUACGUCUUUAAGAAUGCCUCCUAUCCACUGACCGACGGAGGAGGUGGAAGCUUUCAGGGUGAACUUUGCACUUUGAACUUUGAGCGUGUGAAGCCACCCUACAGCUGCAUGCAUUGGAGCAUCAUAAAAGAACCUCGUUUGCACCGUGGGUUGUACCUGAUCCUGUAAAAUAGCUUUUCAUUGGUUACUGUACAACUAGCCAGUUCCCAGCAGCGUGACCCCAUGACUUCCACAAGAUGGCUGCCUGCACUCUUACAGAUCCCCCGACACAUGGCAUACCGGCAUCAUGCCACCAAGUCCUCCAUCUGUUCUGUACAGUGAACGCCACUAAUCUUCACUAAUCUUUCUUGUUCACUGUUCAUUGCCUCCUGUUAUCUUGGAAGCACGUAUCCGAGUGCGGAUCGCCACACCACUCUAAUAGCUGUUGGCCACGGAUAUCGGAAAUCCAACAGAAGACCUAUUUGACAGCCCUAGCGAUUGCGAUUUGUUUACUUUAAAUAUUUUCUCUUGUAGUGUUUGCUUUGUUUUGCCACGCCCCCGUACAUCAUCUGAGAUCACAAUCUGAAAUUUUAAAAAUAGCCAACAUUUCUAACUGAGACUUGAGCCAAAGUUUAUUGAAAGGUACCGAUCAGUUUUUUAUUUUCAGCUCAAUAAUUUGGUUUGUCCUGGUUAUCUUGGAGAAGUGCCACUUUUGUGAAAUGCUUGAUGAUGUAUGUAUGCAGAAGCUUCUAGAAACAAGGCACUUCUUCGUACAACACUUGUAUAUCAAUGAUUGCUAAUGAUGAUUAAUCACAAUUGCUUUGACUUCCACAGUUCAGCCUGACAAACAGAAAUGUAUAAAACUUUGGAUUUGCUUUGC